GUAACAAUCAAUAGCAGCAUGUUGUUGCUAUUACUGUCGCUUUGCUGAGGCUUACACGGUUUUGACUAUACUGCGCCUCAGCAGUAGAACCGAAUGAAAGAAAUCGACCGUUGUUGCCUGCGUGUGACCAACGAACAGACGAAUGCACAGCAAAUUUUUCGCUACUGGAGAUUGCUGUUACUAUCGUUUGCUUUGUCGCUGGUAGCAGCAGCAGCAGCAGCAGCAGCAGCUCGUGCUGCUACUGCAGUUACCCCUGGUGGUAAUGGUGAUGAUCUUAGUGGCAAUCGCCGUCGUCAUGGUGCUGCCGUUGUCGAUUGCAGCUGGCGCUGGCUUUUGUUGUUGUCGCUGCGGCUAUUGCCGGUGAGGGCGACGGCGCGGACGAAACCGGGCGGGAUGGAACAGAACAGCAGCUGACCAAAUGGGCGAGUGCGACUACUGCCAGCAGCAGCAGCCCUUGCAAGCGUGAAGUGCACUGAACGAUAAAGGUUGACCGUCACCAAUUGUCGUGGCCGCGCUGAGUUGAACGCCGCCUAGUGUUUAGCGCUGACGUCAUCGUUGCAAUAGGCCGACUGUGGCAGGCCAGCAGUGUUUUGUCCGCUGGUAUUCACCGUUUAGAUCGAAAGUUACAUUCUGGUCGCCCGCCCUAUUAUUAGUAGCUGCCGCCAAUGCUGCUGCUGGUGCUGUGGCUGUCGCCGUUUUUCUAGUAGAGCGGGACAUCAGUAUUUUUGCUGCUGCUGCUGCUGCUGCCGCUGCCGCUUGCUAGACUGUUGUGGAGUUGCUGCAAGUCGUCGUAUGCGUCAGCGAAACCAAGACAGAAAUUUGCGACAGUGUGAGCAGCAGAAGGAACAACAAGAAAUGAACGUAGGAAUGGUGGCAACGCUGUGAGUGAUGGUUACGGCGCUGAUGCUGCGAAUGCUGUUGGCCGUUGCUGCUGCUGCUGCUGCUGCCGCCGCCGUCGCCGUCGCCGUCGCCGCCGUUUCUGUCGGCAAUCGUAGUGACUCUGCGGGAAGUGAGGGAAAUCGCGAAUGACGACGACGACGGCGACCUGUUGUUGUUUUUCGCUGCCGACGGCUGGUGUUGCUGCUGCUGUUGCUGUGGCUUUAACUGUGCUACAUCUACGUCUCGUAGUCGUGAUACUGUUAUGAUUAUAGGUGGUGCUAGUGGUACAGCUGCAGUUCUUGUGAAAGAUUGUUUAGUUGGCGAUUUUGGAAUCGAUUUAGGUGGGCGCCAGUAACGCGAUAGCGCGUCAAGCCAAUCGCCAAAAAUACAGCAGUAACAACCGUGUACGGCAUUUAACUAUUAAUGCAGUUCAACCGUAACAGCAGCAACGGCUGCAGUAGCUAGGUUCAGUCAGUAAAAAGACCGAAAAUAGCGAAAGAAAAGCAAUAAGUCGCAUUGCAAGUGUUAAGUAGCUUUACACCAACCUACCAUUUUCGCGACUGCUGCUGCGAAAAGCCAAUGCCUACUGUCUUCCAAUGUUAACAAUAAUAAUACGCUGUGCAUGUACGACGACCAUUGCUGCGUUCACGGUGGUCACAGCUAUUCAUGCUGCUGCUGAGGUCGGUGCUGCUGCUAAAUGCUGAUGCUGUGGGGUGGGCGGCAGGCAAGCAGGCAACCGAAGGGGAGAGGGGUAGACAGGCAAACAAGAGGUCAAGAACGAGCAAGUAAUUAAUUAACCAAUCAAGCUAUCAUAGGAAGAGCGAGAGAGAGAGAGAGACAGAGAGAGAGAGAGAGAGAGAGGAGCUGCGACCGCCAAUAAUAACUUAACCGACCGUCCAUUUAGCAGCAGCACCAACUGUAACACUGGGAAACGUGUUGCUUUGUUGUUGCUGUUGGCUUACAGCUGUAUUCGCGGACUGCGGUUUGAAGCGAACGUUAUUGUCAGCCAGCCCUGCUGGUGACUGCCGGCGGUCGCAGUGCUAGUUCUGGUGCUGUGUGUGUUUGUGCGUGUCGGUGCGGGCCGCGGCACUUUUUUGUCGUUGUGGAACGGAAAAGUAAGAGCAGUAGCAGCAGCAGCAGCAGCAGCAGCAAAAGCCGGAGUAGAAGCAUCAUUUACUAAAGGAGAAUAACAAAAAGGAUAACAAAUAACAAUAAUAAGCAACAUUAAAAUAAAUAAGAUUCUAGUGUCGUUGUUCGGACCCAGUACCGUCAUCCCAGUAUUGAGGCGCGGAGUCUCCUUUUGCCAGUCUGGGUGUUGUUAUUCAGACGACUGUGAUACGUUCUUACGGUGCUGCCUCUACCGUUGCGCCCUAUUGUCAUCGUAGCAGUUAUGUGAAAUGCGCGAAAUCACCCAGGAUUAUGUUUCAUACUGUUAUAUAACUUCUUGCUUGCGGAUGGUCGACCUACGGCAGAAAGAUGCCGUUUAACGGAAAAAAAUCGUAUCUCUGCGAUGUAGGCAGCUGCGGACAGACCUUCUGUACAGCCGACAAGCUCAACUCGCAUAAGAAAGCCCACAAAGUGCCGUUUCUCGUCUUCAGUACACACAGUCCGCCUCAAGGCCCGCAGCCGGAUGACACUCCAGCACGAUUUACCAAACUUAUGGAUGCAGCUGGACUCGCGCAAGAUCUGUCAUCAAAUCCUUUCGAUGAAUCGUUCCGACAAGCAGGACAAAAUCCUCAAGCUAUUGAGCUCAUUGACUCCGAUCCCAUCAUACCACCCCCUGUCAAUGUGGUUCCGCCUACGACAGCUGAUAUCUUGCAACAAGUUGUCGAGCAGGAACAACAGCCAUGUUGGAAAAGUGAGCCUGCAGGGCCACCGAGCAAUAAUCACAGUAACGCUAGCAAUAGCACCGCCAACAGUACAGCAGGGAGCGCUGCUAAUACUGAUCAGAGGGCGCCCGUCAUAACAUCAAGACCAGGUCCUACGUUAUUAACCGACUUGACGGAGAAUGGACGUCCAGCCAGCAUUGCUGCUGCUCCUCCAGGAAGUAGCAUCGGUGGUCUUGAGAAUGUCACGGUAAAAACGUCAUCGUCCCCACCUCCAGCUCAUCCAUCGAGUGCACACGGACCGGGAGUGCCUGUCAACUCAUCGUUGCUCAACCAGCUCAACCAAGUUAUCGUCCCUCCAAUGCUAGGUAUGCUGCAACAGGCUCACGUGCACGUGCACAGCGGCGGCACUACAACGCUCACUGACACUUUGUUGAGCCGGCACUUCUCACACAUCGCCCAGGCUAUGGGCCAUCAAAGCCUUCAGCAGAGUCAGAGUUCAGCCUCGCACGAUUCUGCCUCUAGCACCACCACUGCACGCGCAGGUCCACAGUCGAUGAUGAUGAUGGUGACGCCCAGUAGCGAUUUACAAAUACCGAAUUCUUCGCAACAUAACAGCGAUACUGGCCGUGUCGGAAUAAAGCGGAAAAGUGGUGGAGGCAGUAGCGAUGACGAAGAGGAACGAAAACGAAAAUUUCGAGAGAACAACAAACGCGCUGCACAGCGUUGCCGGAUGCGUAAAAAACAGGAAAUUGAGGAAACGCGACGAGAACGUGACCGUCUUCGUGAGGAAAACCAGAAACUUUCGGCAAAAUUAGAACACUGCAUGAAUACCGAAGACAAGCUUCGAGCACAACUGGAAAAGCUUAAAAUGGAACUCGUUGAGCAUGCGCAGUGUAGCGUAUCGCUUAAGAAACGCAACUCAGGAGUCAUUCAAUAUCCAGUGUGAUUAAUGCAUAUUGCGCCAUCAUCCCACAUUAUCAUACGAACAACGUCG